ACACCGUACAAAACAAUGGUGGUUCCUGUAACAAUAUAACAAUUUAUUAUUGUUGUUUUAAUUGCUGUCGUUCACACUCUAAUGUGUGUGCAUAAAAUUAUAUUAAAAUGUAAAUUAUACUCCCAGAAUCUGAACCAUGACUGGCCGUAAACGUUCAAUAAUUAAAACAGACGAGAGCAAAAGGGCUAGAGUGGAUCCAUCUAUUGCUCAAGUAGAUACUCCUCGUAGAACUAGGUCCUCAAGUCGCACAGCAGCUCAGAACAGAAAUUCACCUCCAGACGAAACAGCUCAUCCUGAAUUCUCGCAGUUCAUCCCAGCAGCUCAGUACAAUGAAAGCAGCCGUACACUUCCUUUACAUAUGGAACCUCGUAACACCACCAGCCCCAGAUGCAUAAUGAACGCCAGUACAUCAGAGUUUGGAAAGGUGAUAAAGCAGCGUGGUUUUAUCGACAAAUCACUUCUCCUCAACCUGGUUCUACCACAAAACCAAGAAGAAGGAGCAGAAAUAUUCAUUGUAACAGAACCAAGGAGAUUUGGUAAAUCCACCAUACUCAGUAUGGUAAUAACCUGCCUUGAUAUGCAACCGACGCCCUUGCGGAAUACAGAAGAGUUCAGGAGGCUGAAGAUUAUGGAUGACCAGUAUGCUGCUAAAAGAGACCAGUAUUUUGGUAAAUGCCCCAUUAUUUUCUUGAAUCUUCUGUGUACAGCAACUUUUACUGAUCAAGCUGCUGCUUUGCAAUUUGUUAAAAGUCGCAUUCAUGAAGCUUACAAAACACAUAAAUAUCUAUAUAAAGACGAAAGCAGUGAUGCUCUGGAAGCAGAUGAAAAAGAACUUUGUAAACAUUGGUGUGAAAGAAAAUACCGUCAAUUAAUUGAUAAUAGUGAAGUGAACGAAGGGCUGAAAAAAUUGUCAGAGUAUCUGGAGAGGUACCACGGAAGAAAACCUUACUUGUUGAUCGAUGAGUACGACAACAUGAUCUCCAAAUCACUCAGUGAUAAAACUGGUCAUCAAUUUGAAAUUGCCAUGGAAAUCUUCCAUAACCUGAUGACUGAGAUCCUUAAGGAUAAUCCUCAUUUGGAAGGAGCGUUAGUUACUGGGAUAUUACCAAUACACGGUAAAUCACAAUCGCCUUUCAACAAUGCUUUUCGAUCCACGUUUUUAGAUGGAAGUCAUUUCAACAAAUUUUACGGGUUGACAACACUGGAUCUUAAUGAUCUCGAAACAAAUCUUCAAAAUGGAACCCCGAGCAUUUCUGUUUCUGAUGAGGAAUUAGAAAUAAUAAAAUCAGCAUAUAAUGGUUAUUUUUCCAGAGAGGGGCUCAAUGUCUACGGAAUCUGGUCAGUUGAAAAAUACAUCGCAAAAGGGAAGCUGGAAGCCGAGACAUUUUGGGUUGACAGUGGUUAUGUAACCAACUUCAAGGUUGCUUUCAAAAGCUAUUCAUUGAAAAAUGUGUUAGAAAGUUUGCUGAGAGGUGAUCACAUUGCUCUCGAUGUCAUGCAAGUGUUCUCAGAAGAGGAUCUUCUUAUUUUAGCUACCAUGAAGACUGAACCAGCUGAUGUUUCUGAAGAACUGUUCCUCAGUUUUUUGUUUCACCAGGGCUACUUAUCAUACGUGGAUGAAACACCAACACAUAUAAAAAUACCAAAUACAGAAAUAAAAACAAUGUUUGUUUCCAAAAUAACAGAGUUCUAUAAAACCUCUUUAACUAAGGAGUUCUUAUCAGCUGCAGCAAAAGAAAGCCCCAUCAUAUUUCAAGUCCUACAAAAUGGUGUGUAUGGAAGUGAUAGUGUGUUUGAGGAAUCUGUAGGGAAUGCGAAGAAGAAGCUUCAAAUGCUGUUUGAAAAAUUCUCUGCAAUUUGCAUUAAAAUGAAUGAGCCAUUCAUCCACAUCUUCAUGGGUCAGAUUGUAGCUCAUGCAGGCAAUUAUGUAUUAGGUCCUGAAAUAUAUGUUGAGAGAAAACGAAACACCAAAGCUAGAUUGGAUCAUGUUGUAGUUGAAACAACUGAAAAGAAAUUUGCUGUUAUAUUUGAGUAUCAGCAUGAUAAGGGCCAAUUUUCAAAUGGUUACCAUACCAAUGCACAUGGUUCACUAAAGAAAUGUAUUGUCAAGAAUUACAGUAAUGUUUUUAACAAUUCUGAGCUUUAUCCACCAAGUCUGUACAAUAUUGAACAGUUUAUUCUAGCUGGUGUUAGCAUCAAUGAUAUGAAGAAAGUAUCGUUGAAAUGUAUUAGGAAAGGUAUGGAUUUGUCUAGGGCUGUGUUCAUGGAUUAUGAGAUUUAAAAAUUGCAAUUAUUUUGUGAUAACACUGCUUCCUCUUCAACCUGGAUGUGCUAGUGCUAAGAAUGUCCCACAUUUUUUUUAUCAUAGAUUUUUAGUACCUACAGUAUUCUAAUUUUGUCUCAUCACCGUUUGACCAUUUCGUCAUGGUGUUUUUUGUAUUUUAUGUUUAUGUAAUCUGACAAUAAAGAACGUAAAUGUAAAUUUUAA